AUGGGCGAUAUUGGCAAAGCGGGGAGGCUGAACGGAGUACGGAGUACAAUAUACUCAGUAGAAACGGGAACGUCUUCAAGGACAAAGAAACCUAGCGAGUUAGUCUGUAGACCACAGUGGAGAGGAUAG